AUGUCGGCCCCUCAGAGUGUACAGUGCUUCGGCAAGAAGAAGACGGCUACUGCUGUCGCCCACUGCAGUGUAAGGAGUCUCGUUCUUCCCCGCGUUGUUGGCUUUCUGGGCCCUUCGUUUUCCGAGGAGGAGACGGACGUUUCGAGUGCGAAGGUCGAAGGACAAUUGGAGGAUUUUGGGAUGGAGGAGAGGAGGGAAAAUAAACAAUGGUGCCUGGGGAGGCGAAUCCCUCGCCGUGGUCCUACCCCCAUCAUCAAGGUCAAUGGCCGUCCUCUCCAGCUCGUCCAGCCCGCCAUCCUCCGAUACAAGGUCUAUGAGCCUCUCCUCGUUCUCGGCCUCGACAAGUUCGCUCAAGUCGACAUCCGCGUCCGAGUCUCCGGCGGUGGUCACACUUCCCAGAUCUACGCCAUCCGACAGGCCAUCGCCAAGAGCCUGAUCGCCUACUACCAGAAGUACGUCGACGAGCACUCCAAGAACCUCCUCAAGCAGGCCCUCGUCCAGUUCGACCGAACCCUCCUCGUCGCCGACAACCGUCGCUGCGAGCCCAAGAAGUUCGGCGGUCCCGGCGCCCGUGCCAGGUUCCAGAAGUCCUACCGUUAA